UUGACCUGCACCUCAAGUCAGAUUAGAUUUUGUUGAUAAACAAUAAUUGUACAUAAUUUUUUUAUCAGUUUAUUAUUUUCUAAAGUAAAAUACAUUUUAAGUUUCAUUCGAUUUUUAUGUGUAUAAUGAAUCCCAACAACAUCCAUUAAAAAAAUUCUAUCCUUGAUUCAUGUAGGUAUUUGGAGCUUUGCAAACUGUAGUUUAAUAUUAAAUUCACGACAGAAAUGCAUAAAACAUUACGAAGAACCUGGGUGUGCUAGGUAUGAGUCACCCAAUACAGUUCUUUAAUCACCGUAAUUAGUGUGAUUGCCCAGAAUGUGGACAUAUUUAGGUAAGCUUUAAGUUAUCAGGCUCCAAUCAGUUCCAAUAUUAUUUCCGACAAUGCCCGCGAUCGCGACGUACGUGUUUAUUGACCUCGAGACCACCGGUCUGCCGCAGGAAGAGAAUAACAGGACGAAAAUAACUGAAUUAAGUUUCGUUGCCGUGAAAAGGCAACAUGUCCUCGAUACGCGCAAGGGAUGUGCGCCCCGCGUCCAGCAGAAGCUUACGUUGUGCUUAAACCCCGGCAGGAUGGUACAACCCGAAGGCACCAAGGUGACGGGCCUGUGUAAUGACUUACUUGAACAGGAGCCUUUCUUUAACCAGGAGGUAUUUACAGUUAUCAACACGUUUCUUAACCUGUUCACUAAACCAGUUUGUUUAAUAGCUCAAAACGGGCACAACUUUGACUUCCCCAUAUUGAAAAAUCACUUCAACAAACUCGGUGUGAGUUUAGCUGAUGAUCUCAUGUGUGCAGAUUGCCUCCAUGGAUUCUAUGAUAUUAUGGAGAAAAAGAAAGCAAAUGAUAUAUCUACAACAGCUAUAGAAGUAACUAAAGAAAAAAAUACUAUAAGCUACACAAAUAAGACUCAAAUAGAUGAAAUAGACUUUUUCAGUGACAAUACUCUCAGUGCUCAAGCAGUUAAUGAAAGGACACCAAAACAAGCUGUUAUUGAAUGUGUAAAUAAAACACCUAAAAAAUUAAGUUCUGCAUUAGCUAUUUCAAAGGCGCGUAGAAGAUUCCCAUGGAGCAAAGGUGAGAAGCCAACUGAAAAAUAUAAGCUAAAGGAUAUCUAUUACAGAUUGUUGAAUCGUGAAGCUGUAGAUGCUCAUCAUGCGGAAAAUGACUGUUUGUUAGCUCUGGAGUGCUCUGUAGCUUUGGGGGAAGCCUUUGUUCAGUGGAUUGAUGACAAUCACUGUUUGUUUUCCGAGGUGAAACCUAUGACUGUAGGCACUCCACUUGGAAGUGUACAAUGUACAGGUUUACUUCUAUUGACGGGAAUGUUGUGGGGCUGCACGAACCCUUUCAUACGACAAGGAACUCGCGGACUGCGCAAAGUAAAAGCAGACACGAGGUUUGGCCAGGCCUGUGCUGAAAUAACAUUUUUAUUGGGUAAUUGGAAGUACGUAGUUCCCUGGCUGGUGAACCAGGCGGGUUCGCUGGUGUACCUGGUGGCGGUGCAGCGCGUGCCGCUGUCGCUGGCCGUGCCCGCCGCCAACAGCCUGGCGUUCGCCUUCACGGCGCUCACCGGCGCCGCGUUCGGUUGCGAACAGCCUUUAGACUCUGGUUCAAUACUGGGAAUAGUUUUCAUUGGCGUUGGAACAGCUCUUUGUUGCUGGGACAAAUCUGAUUAAUAAAUUAUUAAAAUUGCA